CUCGGAUUGGACGACCAUGCCUGAACUGUGCGCACACCCAGAGCGAAUGCAGCCCACGUCCUUCUCGACGAGGUUUACAUGAACGUCAAAAAGUCAAUCACGGCCCACAGAGCCUUGAAGCCGGGCCAGGUCGGAAUUCCACAGUCAAUGAUACCGUCAGCAAUGGCAUCAACAUCAACCACAAUGCGCAGCUAGACAGUCCCGCUCCGACUGCUUAUCCAUUCGCUCCGCUGGCCACUGAUCUCGAUCAACAAGCGGGCUCCGCGAGAGUGCUGACUCCUCAGGCCAUGCUCUCAGAGUCGACCCGGCCACAGUCGUCCUCCCAGCCGGUACCAGCUCCACCGUCCUAUGCCCCGAAUUUCUCCAGCCGCAAAGCCGCUGACACCGCCCAGGACGCCGAGCUAUCCACGAACUCCUGCCGGAACACCCAAGCCAGCUACCUGGGUGAAUCGGGCUUCAUGCCAUUUCUCAACCACGAGGAACAAGUUUCCAGCAGCCCCGGCGGCGGUCCUGUGACCAUCAAGAUUAUCCAGACGAUUGAACCUCUGAACCCCGUGCUUCGAAAGUCCUACACCGAUAUCUUUUUGAAGCACUGCUUCACAUUCUGCCCAGUGAUGGACGAGUCUCUGCUGGCGCUCCCUGAAUAUGAGACCUCCCUGGCCAUCCAACAGUCCAUUGGCUUGAUUGGAAGUGUAAUUCAGCCCUCGCUCCUUCACGUCGACAAACCGUCAGUGUACUACGAGAGAGCCCGGAUGCUGAUCCAAGGAGGCUAUGAGCCCAACCCUCUGGCUGCCCUGAUAGCCGUCAUGCUCUUCUACUGGCAUGCGGCCGCGCCCCCGACCGUCAUCAGCAUGAACACGGUGUGGUGGUGGAUAGGCGUUGCGGUACGUCAAGCUCAAGAGCUCGGCUUGCAUCGAGAAGCAAAGAUCGGUCAAGCGUUCCGACCGGGUGAAACGAUCGGGCUUCGUCGUCGGAUCUGGUGGACACUGUUCGCCAGGGAGAGACUUACUGCCAUUUGCCAGGGAAGGCCGUGCAUUAUCAACCCUAAGGAUUGUGACGUAAAGGAUCCGACACCGACGGAUUUCCCAAACCCCGACGACCCAAGGGCACUCAUAUUUGUCCAGUGGGUUCGACUCUGCUCAAUCGUGGGCCGCGUCGGUGAUCACCUCCGCAGAAACCCUAGCGGCAGCACCCAUACUGUUCGUGAUUUACUUGAUGAACUGAGAAACUGGGCACAGAAUUUGCCCGAAACAUUGCGCUUGUCUUUCGACCGGCCCAUGAGUACGGAACACGAGGCCGAGCUCUACCAGCUGCAUUUUCCAUACCUCUCAUGCAUCGCGCUUCUUCAUCUAGAAAAGUCAUCCCAGCCAAUACCGAGAGCCACCACAAAUGCCCUUCUGGCUGCUUCAUGUACGGCUCGCAUCUUCGAGAACAUCCUGAUUCGAGGCUCACUGCGGUUCCUCCAGGGCAUGGCUGGUUGGUAUAUAUCUAUUGCACUAUUGUCGCUGCUACAAGGACGUCAAGUCGGACGACUUCAACAAGCAGCCGACGAGCACAUCCGGGUGCUCCGUGUUGCUCUUCGCGAGCUGUCUCAUCGAUUCGGCUCGGCUAAAAUGUACGAUCGGAGCAUCGAGAAUCUGCUCAAUGCACAGCAGAGAUACAGUGCGUCGGGCGAUAUGCAGGCAGAGAGAUUGCGGUCCUACCCCGACGAGUCCCAGAGCAUCUUGCCCCGGGAGAUGGAUGCCCGCCUGUCCGAGCAACAGGACUGGUCGAAGUACUUCCCAGGCCUCCCAAGCAAUGUCAGCCCUCUUGUUGAAAUCCUGGUGGCUAGUAACCAACCAUCCCCCUUCUCCGACUGGGGGAAUGGCAACGAUCUCAGCUACUUGCUCUACGACAUCUUCGACAACCCACUUGACGGCAUCACCGGAGAUUUGUCGGACCAUAUCACUGGCUGGGGCAUGAGCAUGAAUGAUCGCUCCUUUCUCUAA